GGCGAGAACCGGCGGGCGGGUUCCCGGCGGGCGGGAACCAGCAGGGGCAGCCGCGGCGGCAGCUACGCGGGACGGAGCCGCGGCAGGAGCGGCCGCGCCGGACCCUGGCCUCACCCCCGCGGGUCGAGGCCAGAGAACAGUCUCCAACUCUCCCAGGGACCGGAAAGGGGAGCCCAGAAAGGGUCCUCAGCCCACACGCAGCGGGGGCGGCGGGACAGCUGCCCUUUGUGGGCGCAGCGCUCACGGCCCGAAGCGCCCUCCCCGCGGCGCUUUCGCCGCCGUCUUCGUCGUGCCGAGCGGCCCUGGAGAGGGGACCCGGAGGAAGCAAAACCCUGAGACCGAAACCUCGCGUUGCGGAGCUCCUGGGGGGUGCCAGCCGCUCUUCUUCCACCUCCGCAUCUUCCACCGGCCAAGGUCCCCGCCGCCUGCAUCCCUCCUGGCUUCCGCUGCGCUUUGGGCAGAGCAGCCGGCGCUGCCACCGCGGCCCCCCCCCCACACACACAGAGACACCCUCAAGCGUACGCCCGCCUUCUCCCCCGCCCCCUCCCCAGCUCCUUGAUCUCUCGGUCUGUUUUAUUACUCGCGUUGCGAGUCCCGCGGACUCCGCGGCCCGCUAUUUGUCAUCAGCUCUCUCUCCAUUGGCGGGGAGCGGGGAGCAGCGGCGAAGGGGGUGGGGAGGGAAGGGAAGGGGGUGGAAACUGCCUGGAGCCGUCUCUCCGCGCCGCUGUUGGUGCUGCCGCCGCUGCUGCUGCCGCCGCCGCCGCCUCCGGCUCCUCGCUCGGCCCCUCUCCGCCUCCAUGUGCCGGAUAGUGGGAGCGCCGCGGACCCUGCUGCCGCUGCUGGCGGCCCUGCUUCAGGCGUCUGUGGAGGCUUCUGGUGAGAUCGCAUUAUGCAAGACUGGAUUUCCUGAAGAUGUUUACAGUGCAGUCUUGUCCCAGGAUGUGCUCGAAGGACAGCCUCUUCUCAAUGUGAAGUUUAGCAACUGCAAUGGGAAAAGAAAAGUACAGUAUGAAAGCAGCGAACCAGCAGAUUUUAAGGUGGAUGCAGAUGGCAUGGUGUAUGCCGUGAGAAGCUUUCCCCUCUCCUCUGAGCACUCAAAGUUCCUGAUAUAUGCUCAAGACAAAGAGACUCAGGAAAAGUGGCAAGUGGCAGUAAAAUUGAGCCUCAAACCAACCUUAUCUGAGGAUUCAGUGAAGGAAUCACGAGAAAUUGAAGAAAUAGUAUUCCCAAGACAAUUGACUAAGCACAAUGGCUACCUACAAAGGCAGAAGAGAGACUGGGUUAUCCCUCCAAUCAACUUGCCAGAAAACUCCAGAGGGCCUUUUCCUCAAGAACUUGUCAGGAUCAGGUCCGAUAGAGAUAAAAACCUCUCUCUGCGGUACAGCGUAACUGGGCCGGGAGCCGACCAGCCUCCAACUGGUAUCUUCAUUAUCAACCCCAUCUCAGGUCAGCUGUCAGUGACCAAGCCUCUGGAUCGCGAGCUCAUAGCCCGGUUUCAUUUGAGGGCGCAUGCAGUGGAUAUUAAUGGAAACCAAGUGGAGAACCCGAUUGACAUUGUCAUCAAUGUUAUUGACAUGAAUGAUAACAGACCCGAGUUCUUACACCAGGUUUGGAAUGGGACGGUUCCUGAGGGAUCAAAGCCUGGAACAUAUGUGAUGACGGUCACUGCAAUUGAUGCUGACGAUCCAAAUGCCCUCAAUGGGAUGCUGAGGUACAGAAUCCUGUCCCAGGCACCAAGCAGCCCUUCGCCCAACAUGUUUACAAUCAACAACGAGACUGGGGACAUCAUCACAGUGGCAGCUGGACUAGACAGAGAGAAAGUGCAACAGUAUACGUUAAUAAUUCAAGCUACAGACAUGGAAGGCAAUCCCACAUAUGGCCUUUCAAACACAGCCACGGCUGUCAUCACGGUGACAGAUGUCAACGACAAUCCUCCGGAGUUUACUGCCAUGACAUUCUAUGGCGAAGUCCCUGAAAACAGGGUAGAGAUCAUAGUUGCUAAUCUAACUGUGACAGACAAGGAUCAGCCCCACACGCCAGCCUGGAACGCCGUCUACAGAAUCAGCGGCGGGGACCCCGCCGGACGCUUUGCCAUUCAGACCGACCCCAACAGUAACGACGGCUUAGUCACCGUAGUAAAACCAAUCGACUUUGAAACAAAUAGGAUGUAUGUCCUUACUGUCGCUGCAGAAAAUCAAGUGCCAUUAGCCAAGGGUAUUCAGCACCCACCUCAGUCAACUGCAACUGUGUCUGUCACAGUUAUUGAUGUGAAUGAAAACCCUUAUUUUGCCCCAAAUCCUAAGAUCAUUCGCCAAGAGGAAGGUCUUCACGCCGGUACCAUGUUAACAACGUUCACUGCUCAGGACCCAGAUCGAUAUAUGCAGCAAAAUAUUAGAUACACAAAAUUAUCUGAUCCUGCCAACUGGCUAAAAAUAGAUCCUGUGAAUGGGCAGAUAACUACAAUUGCUGUUUUGGACAGAGAAUCUCCAAAUGUGAAAAAUAAUAUAUAUAACGCUACUUUCCUUGCUUCUGACAAUGGAAUCCCUCCUAUGAGUGGAACAGGAACGCUGCAGAUCUAUUUACUUGAUAUUAAUGACAAUGCCCCUCAAGUGCUACCUCAAGAGGCAGAGACUUGCGAAACUCCGGACCCCAAUUCAAUUAACAUCACGGCACUUGACUAUGACAUUGAUCCAAACGCUGGACCAUUUGCUUUUGAUCUUCCUUUGUCUCCAGUGACUAUUAAGAGAAAUUGGACCAUCACUCGGCUUAAUGGUGAUUUUGCUCAGCUCAAUUUAAAGAUAAAAUUUCUUGAAGCCGGGAUAUAUGAAGUUCCAAUCAUAAUCACAGAUUCGGGUAAUCCUCCCAAGUCAAAUAUUUCCAUCCUUCGCGUGAAGGUUUGCCAGUGUGACUCCAACGGGGACUGCACAGAUGUGGAUAGAAUUGUGGGCGCAGGGCUGGGCACGGGCGCCAUCAUUGCAAUCCUGCUUUGCAUCAUCAUCCUGCUCAUCCUCGUUCUGAUGUUUGUAGUAUGGAUGAAACGUCGGGAUAAGGAACGCCAGGCCAAGCAACUUUUAAUUGAUCCAGAAGACGAUGUAAGAGAUAAUAUUUUAAAAUAUGAUGAAGAAGGUGGAGGAGAAGAAGACCAGGACUAUGAUUUGAGCCAGCUCCAGCAGCCUGAUACCAUGGAGCCAGAUGCCAUCAAGCCGGUCGGAAUCCGACGGUUGGAUGAGAGACCCAUCCAUGCUGAGCCCCAGUACCCGGUUCGAUCUGCAGCCCCGCACCCUGGGGACAUCGGUGACUUUAUUAAUGAGGGCCUUAAAGCUGCUGACAACGAUCCCACAGCUCCGCCGUAUGACUCCCUCUUAGUGUUUGACUAUGAAGGCAGUGGUUCCACGGCCGGGUCCUUGAGCUCCCUGAACUCCUCCAGUAGUGGAGGCGACCAGGAUUAUGACUACCUGAACGACUGGGGGCCCCGCUUCAAGAAACUCGCCGACAUGUACGGUGGAGGUGAUGACUGAACUUCAGGGUGAACUUCGCUUUUGGACAAGUACAAACAAUUUCAACUGAUAUUCCCAAAAAGCAUUCAGAAGCUAGGCUUGAACUUUGUAGUCUACUAGCACAGUGCUUGCUGGAGGCUGUGGCAGAGGCUGUAAACCAGUUUGGGCUCAGAGGGAAUAUCAGUGAUCCAAUACUGUUUGGAAAGACACUGAGCUCAGUUACACUUGAAUUUUACAGUACAGAAGCACUGGGAUUUUAUGUGCCUUUUUGUACCUUUUUCAGAUUGGAAUUAGUUUUAUGUUUAAGGCUUUAAUGGUACUGAUUUCUGAAACGAUAAGUAAAAGACAAAAUAUUUUGUGGUGGGAGCAGUAAGUUAAACCAUGAUAUGCUUCGACACGCUUUUGUUACAAUGCAUUUGCUUUUAUUAAAAAUACGGAAUUAAAGAGACAAAACCACUCAUGGAGCAAUUUUAUUAUCUUGGGGGAUGAGACCAUGAGAUUGGAAAAUGUACAUUACUUCUAGAUUUAGACUUUAGUUUUUUUUUGUUUUUUUUUUUCCACUAAAAUCUUAAAACUUAUGCAGCUGGUUGCAAAUAAAGGGAGUUUUCAUAUCACCAAUUUGUAGCAAAAUUGAAUUUUUUCAUAAACUAGAAUGUUAGACACAUUUUGGGCUUAAUCCAUGUACACUUUUUUAUUUACUGUAUUUUUUCCACUUCACUGUAAAAAUGGUAUGUGUACAUAAUGUUUUAUUGGCAUAGUCUAUGGAGAAGUGCAGAAACUUCAGAACACGUGUAUGUAUUAUUUGGACUGGAUUCAGGUUUUUUGCAUGUUUAUAUCUUUCGUUAUGGAUAAAGUAUUUACAAAACAGUGACAUUUGAUUCAGUUGUUGAGCUGUAGUUAGAAUACUCAAUUUUUAAUUUUUUUAUUUUUUUUAUUUUUUAUUUUCAUUUUUGUUUGGGGAGGGAGAAAAGUUCUUAGCACAAAUGUUUUACAUAAUUUGUACCAAAAAAAAAAAAAGGAAACAUAAGAAACGAAAGGGGUGGCCUGACACUGGUGGCACUACUAAAGUGUGUGUUUUUUUAAAAAAAUGAAAAAAAAAGCUUUUAAACUGGAGAGACUUCUGACAACAGCUUUGCCUCUGUAUUGUGUACCAGAAUAUAAAUGAUACACCUCUGACCCCAGCGUUCUGAAUAAAAUGCUAAUUUUGGAUCUGG